AACAUCACACCGGUUGGUUCGUCUGUCCAUCUGUCUACGUUAUCCCGCGCCAGGCGAUAUCCUGCGCUUUAUCCCGCAUCCCAAGACGGCUCAUCCAUGCAGACCUACCCAACGUAAUCCCUCUUCAACCCGAAAAAAACGCGCCGUUCCCGUAACCGUUUGCCCAAAGACUGAGGUGCUCCUGUCACCCACAGAUAGCUCCACCAGAGCUGUCCCUAGGUGGCCUGUCAUUGUUCAACCCCGUCCGUCCGCCCGUCUCACCGCCCCUCCCAACAACGGACGACGUAGCGCCAGGCGGCCCCCGUUCCUCAUCCUUCCGCCGGCGUCCCGGAUAGCUCCUUGGCCUAAUCUAAGCACCGCAGGUAGCUUUAGACGAACCAUCUUGUAUCUCCCGCAGCCUACCGAGCUAUAUACCUACCGCACCUUACCCGCGUCUCCCGAACGUCUUCUCUUCUCUUCUUCUUUCUCUCUUCAUCCCAUAACCACAAAUCACAGAGAAUAGUCUCACCAGGAUCCCAAAGCCUUUCAACCAAAAACCACCACCUACACCAAAACCCUCACCAAUCGUCUGAUCGCGCUUACGAGUCGCGGUCACCCCCGUCGUCAAGACGUUUUCCAACCUCCUCAACUCGUAAGUAUAGCCUCACUCACUCACUCAGUCACUCAUCAAAUCUCAUUGUCCACGACAACACCUCUCGUAACCCAUUUCAUACAAAACGUUUGCUAACCACAAUGUCUAGGGUCCAUCACCCGUACGCAGGAGCCCGCUGCUCAGCCGCCCCCGGGGCUUCAGCGGACUCGGCCUUUGAUCUCUAAAGGCCCUUCUCUUCAACGAGAACAAAAACCAAACUACCGCCUGAACACUGAACAAGAAUCUACCUCUCAAUCACCAUGGCUCCCCAUGCAGAGGCAGACUCGGGCUCCGCGCACGGAGAUGGACCAACCAACGGCAACGGCGCCGUGACUACUAACCUUGCCCACCACCCCCAGCACGACCGCGAGCUCUUCACCGUCGACUCCCCCAACGUCGUCUACAACGACAACGAGAUCCUCUCAAAGUACACCUACCGCACCACAAAGGUCACCCGGGACGCCGCCACCGGCAAGUACGUCGCCAAGCCCACCACCACGCUCUACGAGUUCAAGACGGACCGCAAGGUCCCCAAAGUAGGCAUGAUGCUCGUCGGCUGGGGCGGCAACAACGGCACCACCGUCACCGCCGGCAUCCUCGCCAACCGCCGCGGCCUUGAGUGGGAUACCCGCGAGGGGCCCCGCGCCGCAAACUACUACGGCUCCGUCAUCAUGGGGUCCACCGUCAAGCUGGGCACCGACGCCGAGACGGCAAAGGACGUCAAUAUCCCCUUCCACGACCUGCUUCCCAUGGUCCACCCCAACGACCUGGCCAUUGGCGGUUGGGACAUCAGCAAGAUGAGCUUGGCCGACGCCAUGGACCGCGCCCAGGUGCUGGAGCCAACGUUGAAGAUGCAGGUCAAGAAGGAGAUGGCUGAGAUGGUCCCGCUUCCAAGUAUCUACUACCCUGACUUCAUCGCUGCCAACCAGGAGGACAGGGCCGAUAAUUUGAUUCCCGGAAGCAAGGCCUCCAUGGCUCACGUUGAGCAGAUUCGCAAGGACAUUCGCGACUUCAAAGAGGCAAACGGUCUCGACAAGGUCAUUGUGCAGUGGACCGCAAACACGGAGCGAUACGCCGACAUCAUCCCGGGCGUCAACGACACCGCCGAAAACCUGCUCAAGGCCAUUGAAGAGGGUCACGAGGAGGUCUCACCCUCGACCGUCUUCUCUGUCGCCUGCACGCUUGAGGGUGUUCCCUUCAUCAACGGCUCCCCGCAGAACACCUUCGUCCCCGGCGCCAUCGAGCUGGCCGAGAAGCACGGGUCUUUCAUCGGCGGCGACGACUUCAAGUCGGGUCAGACCAAGAUGAAGUCGGCACUUGUCGACUUCCUCAUCAACGCGGGUAUCAAGCUGACUUCCAUUGCGAGCUACAACCACCUGGGCAACAACGACGGCAAGAACCUCAGCUCGCACAAGCAGUUCCGGUCCAAGGAGAUUAGCAAGUCCAAUGUGGUGGACGACAUGGUCGAGGCCAACACGGUGCUGUACAAGGAAGGCGAGCAUCCCGACCACACCGUCGUCAUCAAGUACAUGCCGGCCGUGGGCGACAACAAGCGCGCUCUCGACGAGUACUACGCCGAGAUCUUCAUGGGCGGUCACCAGACCAUCUCGCUCUUCAACGUGUGCGAAGACUCGCUGCUGGCAUCGCCGCUCAUCAUCGACCUCGUGCUCGUAGCCGAAAUGAUGACGCGCAUCCAGUGGAAGGCUUCUUCGUCGGAUGGUGUCGCGAUCAAGGACUUCAAGGGCUUCCACAGCGUGCUGAGCAUCUUGAGCUACAUGCUCAAGGCGCCUCUGACCCCGCCGGGGACCCCCGUCAUCAACGCGUUGAGCAAGCAGCGUGCCGCGCUGACUAACAUCUUCCGCGCUUGUGUCGGUCUGGAGCCCGAGUCUGAGAUGACGCUCGAACACAAGCUGUUCUGAUGCGUCGCCGGACUGCCAAUGAAUUUUCCAUUCUUUGCCAUGCCACCUGGCCCUCCUUUGAAUUGUCGCUUUGCUUUUUUUCCAAUUUGGGGGGUCGAUAAGGACACGAUUACCUCGUCCGAUCACUGAAAGUUGCGUUGAUGAUUUGAGAUAGUACCUAUAUCAUUACAAAAAAUACAGUCAGUCUUUACCGCAAUGCCGUAAGCGUCCCACAUGUCAGAGUUUUGGCAUCUCGUAUCGUGAAGCUAUUUGGGAAGCAGCCACGCAAGCUCUCAUAACUUGAACCUUAGAAGUGCCGCUCUCGAAAACGAAAAGCUUAAGCUUGCUGGAAGCAUGGACGUGUGCUGUCGCUGUCAAGAGUCGAGACGAGUUUGCACCUGGAGGUGGUGUCAAGCUGGGUAUUGAUUGGUCGUGGAGGGAAAAGACGAGGCUGUUAACCAUACAGCAUUGAAGCAGAUGGGACGACGGCCAAUCAGUGCGCUGACAAUGCUCUCAAUGGCUUUGGCCCAGACACGCCGCUCGUUAUCUUGGGAGCAUCGGGCAGUAUCAGUCAACAUGUCAACUGCGAGGGCCUCUUGUUGGUGACAGGCGAGAAAAGACAGAUCCAGGCCAGGGUCCUAGUGGCUGGAGAAGAAAAUAUCUGGAGAUUCUGGAGAUGCUGGAGAAUGUUUCGAGCCAGGGGGCUGGAAUGACAUUCCGAUAAUUCGCUCCCUGCUGCCUAUCGCUCCCUGCUGCCAAUCGCCCUGUCUUCUGGUCGUUCUUUUCUCCGCAGUCAAGCGAGGGAGAAUGACGAAUGUCGAUAGACGAGAGAAAAAAGGGGGGAAACUCGGUGGGAAUUCUGCGAGGUGUUCGGUGUCGGUAAACAGAGGCGCAGUUGCAUGCUGUCCAAUGGUGAAGGUCUGAGGGACUAGGUGGGGCGCGGGGAUAUCCCCAAAGCUAAAAUCCAGCCCCGAGUAAGACGUAACGGUGCAGGAGCAGGGGAACAAAGGGGACUCCGUACUUUCUGUAAAAGACAUGAUCUGAUUGGGUCAGAGGCAGGAGGUGGCCUUGUUAGCUGCCCCUGGAGGCCUGUGGAUGGACCAAAUGGCGACCACUCGCGACGGCCCUAGUUGAUGCUGGGUGCUCCGCUGUGCCUGAUCUGCCAAAUGGUUGCCGGGGUGUUGCUGGUGAUGAAAUUGCCCAGCUUUAAUCAAGCAUAAAGUAGCAAUAGAACCGUAAGUAGGCGGGUGAGACGGCUGCUUUGGGUGGGAAGAAACCACACUGAGCAGCAGAGAAAGAGGGAGAGG